GUCUUACUAUCAUUGACGUCAUCCAGGAAUAAAAGUGUUACGAUAAAGAAUAAUAAUGAGUAAAUGCGUUUAUAAUUGGUUGGGAAGAAGUGGAUUAAAAGUCUCCAACAUAUGCCUCGGAACGUUAACUUUUGGACGGCAUCCUUUUCUUUUAUUGGUAUCUUAAUCUUAUCGCAGGGUAAUAGGCCUUAUAGCGGUUUGGACGAAUCUUUUGAAAUAUUGGACAAAUACACUGCAUGGGGCGGUAACUUUAUCGAUACUGCCGAUUCCUAUCAACACGGUGAUUCAGAAAAAAUAAUUGGAAAGUGGUUGGAAAACAAAGAUAGAAAUAAGUAUGUUAUUGCUAGCAAGUUUCGUCGCAUUUGGGAUCCGAAUAAUCCAAAUUGCAUGGGUGCUAGUAGAAGACACAUUAUGUGGAGCAUUGAUCAAACCUUAGAAAGAUUAGGCACAUCUUAUUUGGACAUAUAUUACCUUCAUAUUUGGGAUGCUGGUGUUCCACUAGAAGAAAGCUUACAAGCUAUGAACGAUUUAGUAUCAAAUGGAAAAGUUCGAUAUAUCGGCUUAAGUAAUCUUAAGGGUUGGCAGCUGCAGAAAGCGGCCGAGCUAACUAGACAGCGAAACUGGCAUCCUAUCGCUGCUUUACAGCAGCAAUAUAAUUUAUUAUGUCGUUCAACCGAAUGGGAAGUAGCCGAAGUUUGUCGAAACGAAGGAAUUGCACUGCUACCAUGGAGUCCUUUGAAAGGAGGAUGGUUGAGCGGUAAUAUUGACAAGGACACCCUGAAGCCUAAGAAAGGCUCUAGAAUCGAUUGGGCGAGUUCUGGUGAAGGUAGGGCGUCUAAUAGCCAUCCAGACGCAAGUUGGUUUAAAGAGGAUACCCAAAGGGCUUUAAAAGUAAUAGAGAAGUGCGAAGAAAUAUCGAAAGCUAAGGGAAAAUCUGUGCCCCAAGUAGCAAUACGUUGGCUUUUAGAAAAAGAAAACGUUCCAUCAGUAGUUAUUGGCGCAAGAACUGUAAAACAUUUAGAAGAUAAUUAUAAUUCAGGCAGCGGUUGGAGUUUAAGUAUUGAUGAGAUAAAAGAGCUGGAUGACGUUUCCUCUAUUCGCGCUCCAUAUCCCUAUGACUAUGUGGAACUAGAAAAUCGCGACAGGAUUCGCUGA